UAUUUUUUAUUAAUCAAGCAACGAGCAAGGAUACUACGGACGGCACAGGGAAAGAAACGGAUUAAAUUUAAAAUGCAACACGGAAGAAUUGAAGUGACGGUCAAGAUGGACGCCAAAUGUGGAAAAAUGCAAUUAGGCACAAUAUUUUAACAUCACUAAGUUAGUUUUAGCGUUAUUUAUCAUUUAAAUGACGUACGUUGCUGUCAAGCUUGUUAAAAUGUUUUCUUUCCCGUAAACUAAAGAUUAGUAAAGUUACUGACAGAAACUGGGAGGCAGCAAAACCCAAGCUUUUCUAAAACCAUCAUGGAACUGUCGAAAAAAGAAAGUGUCCCUGGUAAUAUUAAAACAACACCUCCUGAAGAAGUGGGUUCAAAAGACGACUUGUCUCCAUGUGUCCCCGGACAGACCAAAACUUCCACCGCCAGAGUUUUAACCAAGGAGGAGCUGGACAGACUCAGCGGUGAGCGGGCUCUAGUGUCUGACUUUAAACAGAUGAAGUUAGAGAAAGAAGCUCAGAAAAACUGGGACUUGUUUUACAAAAGAAACACGACAAAUUUCUUCAAGGACAGACACUGGACCACCAGAGAAUUUGAAGAGCUCAAGGCAUGCAGAGAGUUUGAUUCCCAGAAACUGGUGCUGCUGGAGGCCGGCUGCGGUGUAGGGAACUGUAUCUUCCCUCUGCUGGAGGAUGACCUCAACAUCUUUGUUUAUGCCUGUGACUUCUCAGCACGAGCUGUUGAAUUUGUCAAACAAAACCCUCUGUACUGCCCUGAGCGCUGCUGUGCUUUCCAGUGUGAUUUAACUAAAGAUGAUCUGAGGGAAAAUGUGCCUGAGUGCAGCGUGGACGUAGUCACUCUCAUCUUUGUCCUGUCGGCUGUCCACCCUGACAAGAUGAAGCUGGCUUUGCAGAACAUCAGCAGGGUGGUGAAGCCCGGAGGCAUCGUCCUGUUUAGGGACUACGGCCUGUAUGACCACGCCAUGCUCAGAUUUAAAGCUGGCAGCAAGCUGGGGGAAAACUUCUACGUCCGCCAAGAUGGCACCAGGUCCUACUUCUUCUCUAAAGAGUUGCUGGCUGAGCUGUUUGCAGACACGGGCCUCCAAUCUGUUGCUAAUGACUACGUCUUGAGAGAGACGGUCAACAAAAAGGAGGGGCUAUGUGUUCCCAGAGUGUUCCUGCAGAGCAAAUUCAUUAAGCCUGGCCAGUCAUAGAGCACUGAUGUCACUUGGCCUGUGUCUGCCCUUUCUUAAAUCUCCAAAAGGUGCCGGGAAAAAUGAGACUGAAAUGUCCACAUGGAAUUGGAUGGCAAAAAAACAUGAGGGUGAUACAAGUGGAUCAGGUAGAACUGUGCCUCCUCCCACUAAUCGACUGCGGUCUUUUGCCCUUUUGGCUCACUGACACAUCACAGCAUGAGGUGCCUGUACUGGGGAUCUUACAUGUGGAACUAUUUGAACCUGAGGCACAAAAAUGCCAACAUGACAUGAAUGUUCAGCAAAGCCCUGUUGUCUCUGUGAACAGUAUUGAGUGGUUCAGGUAAGUUUAAACUCCUUUUCACUGCCUUCGUGAAACUUUGAUCAGCCUGUACGAUCACCAUGUGAGCUUUAUCAGUUUCUCUGUGAGCUGCCAAACCUUUUAUCUAUUAUGAUUUGCUUCUGGUAUAAUUUCCUCUACCAUGUAUUUCCCCUGAUAUUAAGAUAAUGUGAUCAUUUUUGUACAUUGUGAGUACUUGUAAUUUUGUGUGAAUUUAUUGUAAUGCUUUUCUCCAUCUUUGCCUAUAUCUACUGACAAAGAAAAAACAAUUUCAACUGCACCAUCAAAUUUCAAACUUCGUCUAAGUGUUUACAGUAUUGCAUCCUGAUUAUGGUCUGAAUAAUGUAAAAUUAUUUAUGCUGCAACCCACAUCAACAUUGUGACUUUUUCAAAAAUAAACAAAUCAAGAUUUUAGGUGGUUUUCAAGUGUCUUAGUGUCUGUAUAGAAACAGACAGAAAACAUGGGGAUGUAGAGGGUUAUGACAUGCAGCAACAGUCCCCAGCCAGAAUCAACAGGAGGCGUUGUGGCCAUUAGCCUAGGACUUCCCCACAUGGUGCAGUUUUACAGUAUAUAAAAAUGUCACGCUUCCGCGCUGGUUCAUUGUUAAGUAUCAGCUGAUAAUAUUUUGCAGAUGUAUUAGCAACAUAUUUACUGAUUUAACAGGGAAUGUAUUCAGUCGAGAUGACAAUGACACAAUCCCUAAAUGUUUCAUCUUCUCUGAUUUGACAGUGCACUGUCAGUAAGUUACAGUGUAGAAGAACCGAAACAUUAACCUCAGUGUGAUACAGCGUCCACAAAAAGUGACAUUGAUUUCAAAGUGCAUGCAAGCUUAGGUUAGCUUGCAAGACAAUGCACACAGUGCAUCCAUAUUAACCCCUAGAUUUCCUGUUGUCAGUCCCCAUCCAUAACUCAUGAUAGUUAUUCACAAGCUUCUUGUACAGUCUGUGGGAAACACAAGAGGCUCAUAGCAGAGCCAUGAAACAGUAUCAGACCUGUACCCCGAAUAUUCUCGUAAUCAAAUUAUUUUCUUUGUAAAGUAUUACUUGGACAUUUUCUGUCAGCUUGUAUAGGAAGACAUUUUAUUCCAUAACUAUUUGUCAGAUAUACUUACAUUACCAAGAUAUGCAUUGAUUGUUCUCUCUUGUUGAGGUUGUCCAGACCUCAAAACCAAGUGAAGGAAAUUGUAUGAGGGCAGACAGCUCACAGUGCUACUAACAAGUUGCAGCCUUUGACUAAUUUUAGCACUUGACAUUUGCAGUGAAUUUUCACACCUUGACACAGUCAGCUUUUUAACUUGUGAUACUUUUUAUUUGUUCAGUAUUCACUUAAAAAAUAUGCAUUGGUCUUUGUUCCCCCAAAACAAUCUUGAUCAUCAAAAAUUGUAUUUCCAUAUUAUUCUGACUUUGGGCAUAGAACCAAAUAUUUUUUGCCCAAGUUAGGGGUGGCUAAUAUGAACAAAAUUCUGUAUGUACUGUUCCUGUACUGUUCUAUACCUGUAUGUGAUAUAACACAUUUUCUGGAAAAUCAAUUGAGACACAAUUGAUAAUACCUAGACAUAGCAACACAGUCUGUUUUGGCUAAUUCAGCAAAUUAGAUAUAAUUAAUAUCAAUAACACAAUGACAGAGUGAAAUUAUAGAUCUUUAAUCUGCUGAUAACGUAUCUGGUAUCUCAGUGCUCCUCUGUUGACAAGGACUCAUUUGAAUCCAUUAUAUAAUACCUUCCACCACGAUAUUAUAACAUACAGUGUGUCUGGGUGUGAAGUCAUGUGUUGCAUUUCCUCUUUUGAUUCUGGAUAACGAUUAAUUCAAAAGUGAGAAAUAUUAGAACAACACACGGCUAGUAUGGCUAAAAUGAUUAUUCUAAUCACAAAUGUAACUUUUUCUUUUUUUAACUCCCAACCUGCAAAAGCGGCAAACUCUAACCGAGCAGUUUCCUGUUCUGUGGUUUGGCUUGUUCAACCCUCCACUUGUAUGAUGUAAAACAAAUGUAGGCAUAUGUUGAAAUAGAAAGUUUAUAUUUGGGAAUGAUAGCAAUGCAACAACAGUUUCAGUUACUUUGGCUUUUUUUUUACCACUGCAAUCAAUGCUUGACAUUUAAUAAUUUGUACAAAGAAUAAAAAGCAUUUGAAAGCAAGGAAACCUUAACUGAUUCUAAUAAAGUAAGGACUCCUGUGA